UAACAACUUUUUGCACACCAAGUCAAUCGUAUAAAUAUAGAUCACUUCACUAAGAUCAAACAGUGAAUUUCUAUAAUUUGUGGAAAAUGAAACAAUUAAAUAAAGUCAUCUUUUUUAUUGUAGCUUUAACAAAUGGCGUUCAUUUGGUGUUUGGCGAUGGUGAUGAAAAAACCAUGUUUCGCAAAAACUUGGAUGAUGAAUUUGAAGCCAUCGACAACGUAAAAACUACACUUGACACAGCUCUUCAAACCGCAAUCGACGAAAACCCUGGGAAUAAAAAUCUAAUUGCAAUGCAACUGGACUUUAAGAAUAAUUUUCAUCCGGUGGUGACACAUCUGAAAGAAUUGCAUCGCAUAUAUCUUAUGUAUUGCAAUGUUUUUGAUCCAAUCUAUGCACAGUACUUGAAACAAGUAACUGACACCAAUGAUAAAGAAAAACUAAAAAAAUUCAAUAAUUUGGCCAAACAAUGGGAAGGAAAAUUUCGAACUAACUUCAUGGUUACUCCGUUCACAAUUACGGUGAAAAAAAAGCUUCUUGGCCUCGCCGAUCCAAAUGCCGUAUUCAUGGUGAUAAUGGACGAAGCGAUAAAGUCCAACACUGUUAAAGGAAACAUUAAAACUUGGAACUCGGUGAAAAAAGUGGCCAAAGAAUUGGACAAAAGUAUUCAGAAACAUAUAUCAAGCAGAGACCGUCCCAAUGAGUUUGCAUUUUUGGAAGACAUUUAUAAAGUUCUUUAAAAAUUGAAAAGAUGUAAUUUGAUAUCGGAAAUAAAGAAAAGUUUGAACAUA